AUGCGCGCCUUUCCAGAAUACGACGUGGAUAGCCUCAUGUACCCCGCCCUGGAGACGCCGGACCAACCGCCAGACGACGACCGCUACGCGUUCAUGGAUGCUGACCACCCCGAGCGCGCGAUAUCCGAGCAUGGGGGAGAUGGGCUUUCUGACGCGAAGUGCCAGGGCCGCGCCGCCUUUGCGCAGGAUGCAGUGCGGCCGGAUCGCCACGUCGCUAUCAAGCUGCCCGUCCGCGGCCUCAUCCCUAUCCUCGAAAUCAUCCCAUUUCGUGGUCACUGGCUCGUGGUCAUGCCGAGGUGGGGCGAAGACAUCAUGCUGCCGUUCCCGACCGUCGCUGGGCCCGUCUACGAUCUCAUCGAAGACCUGCUCGAGGGCCUCGCAUUCCUCCACAGCCACAACAUCGUGCACAGGGAUCACUCCUCCAAAAAUCUCGUCGUGAACCACGUCCCCAUCCUCACCUACGAUGAUAUCAGAAACGUGCCCCCCACUCGACACGCGCUGGGACACGCCGGCGCCCUCCGACACGCGAUCUUCGACUUUGACGUUGCGUUGGUGUUCCCCGAUCGCGCCUCAGCUCGGCUGCCGUGGAUGGAAUUCUGGCGGGGCGCAGCCAAAGGCACGCACGAUGUCAGGCAGGGGGAGUAUGAAUUUGAUCCCUUUGCCGCGGACAUGUGCAUCUUGGGUCUGUAUCUUGACGACUCGUUGCGGUCGCAUAUCCCCUACAUGCCGAUCUUGGCACCGUCGAUCGACGGGUUGCUCCACUGGCAUGUGCCCUCGCGGCUGACAGCCGCUCAGGCAUUGGCCUUACUGCGAUCCCUGAGAGCAGAGAAUAGCUCUCUCGACCGUCAACGACUGCCCGCCGAGCGGUCCGUGCCAGAUCCAACAAACGAUCUCUGGAGAGGUUUAUCCACCGACUUCCUCGCAAAGUGGGGCCAUCUCCGCAUUCCCCCGGAGCCACGGACGAGAAGGAUCCUUCGGAGGUUGUGCCACAAUCGAUUCAUGGCGUGGUCUGUGCGCUCUAUGCGCCGCGUGGUUUCAUUCAAGCCACUAGGAUCACGAUCUGAUACAACUUCACCCGGGCAUACCAUUCCAUUGUAGCAAGGUUCACAGCCAACCACAUGUACUGAUGGUUAAGGGUACUUUGGAUCGCAACGACUAUCCUUUGACGGGCACCAGCUGGUCUCCCCACAACCACAUCCGGCUUUUGAGGAUCCGGGCGGUGUAGCCACGAGCAUCUGGUCCAGGGCUGAUGUAGUCAUCGGUCACACGUAGUUCUGGACAGUAGUCACUUGAGCGUCAUCAAUCUUUCUCUCGAUCACAGUCGACGGGUUCAGCGAGUCGUCAUCGCCGAGGACGGGGCGGAUGGAGUGGGCCUUGACCGCGAUCUGAGCUAGUCGGCCGCCUCGGCGGGGGACGCUAGGCAAAAUUUCGACGAGACAUUAGAAGGGAAUGUUGAGCUUGGUGUGCUGUACGAGGCUGGAGAAGCCGGGGGACACCAGCCGUUCGCAGACGGUUGUUUCAGUAACUCGCCUAACCCGCAACGGAAAGCGACCAAGGCAGAGACGCACGUCACCGGGAUGAACAAUGGCUUGUCAACGAGGCCAACGAACCUAGGGCAUGGGGCGCACACAGCACCUUGUAAGAUUAGGCCGUCCGGUUCAGACUGCCCCAUUAAGCCCAGCUAUCUUUGCUUUUGCGUGAGAACCAGAUCUGAGCCGGAAACGGGGGAGCACAGAUCGAUCACCGCGGUAUCGGAGAAGCAGACAAGGUCCCAUUCAAUGCGCGUAAUGAUAUAUGAUAAGGUUUUGACUUGUGUGAGAUGCACCGGUGCGAGGGGUUGUGUUGUGUGCAGGGUCGGAAGGACAGCUGCGGCAUAACACUCUGGGAGGCCAUUACUUAGUCUGCUUCAAACGGAGCCAUAUUCAUUGCCAGUGGCAGCUGCCUGAGAAUCCAAGCUCCGACUGGGCCAUGCGUGAGAGAGACGAGGACAAGGGAACAAAAGCGGUAGUCAUGACUCGAAACGGGUGUGAACUAUGCGUGAGAAUGCACGUGUUGGACGCGCGCAUCUUUGAUGUAUUGUGACAGCUCUUGACAGCACGUUGACAGCGAAGCGACUGACUAUGACGUUGAUUGUGGACCCACA